CAAAUUUUUACAAAGGUAAAUUUUUCAGAUUUUGACAAAUUUUUUACAUUGAUCUGUUCGCUAACUAUAAUGGCUUCACCUACGACCGAUAAGUCGGAACUAGAAAGACCUCCUGAUCCCGCUGAAGUCGGAAAUAUCCCUCAAAAUUCGGAAAAAAUUGGAGAAGACCUUAGAGAAAGUGAAGAAACUUCUGAAGCUGCCAAAGAAUCUUCUAAAGUAUUGAAAACUACUCCUGAUAGUCCUGAAGCUGUUAAAGUUGUUCUUGAAGAUGUUGAAGAAAUGGCUGACGCUGUUAUCAAAACUCCUAAUGAAGUUAUAAAAUCUCCUGAACAACAUGAUGCAACUCAUGAACUAAUAAAUGAAACACCUAAACCAAAUGACGCAACUUCUGAACCAAUUGACGCAACUCUUGACAUAACUACAGAACAAGCUGACGCAAUACCUGAACCUCUUGAAGACGUAGAGGAGACUAAAGAAACUAUAGAAGUCGAAAAACCAUUGGAAGAUCCUCUUACAAGCAAAGAAACUUCUAAGAAGAUGGAUGUUAUAGAUCCUUCGAAAAAAGUUAGUACUGAUCGCUCAAAUAUUAAUGGAGCUUCUAAACUUGAAAGCAUAGGAAUAGAAGAGCCUAGAAAUGGGGAUGACAGAAAGAAAAAGGAUAAAGAAGAUGAUAAUAUCAGAGAAGAAAGAAUAAUAACGGAUAACCCGGAUUUGAUGUGCCUAGUGCGUUGUGAGAUUUGUAACAAAGACAGGCGAGAGUUCAGAGGGCAUUUACGUACUGUUCAUAAGAUGAAGUAUUUUGAGUACAAAGAAAAGUACGGAAAGAUGGUGUACACAAGGCUUACUUACCACAGAUGCAAACUAUGCAACGAGACGCUAAGGUUUGAACCGGUAUCCUUAAAAGAACAUCUCGAAACUAGACAUGACGCUAAGUAUGAUGUUUAUGUGCAAGAUUUUCUGAUUGGCGGGCUUUCUGCCAUUCUCAGCGCCGCCAAACAGAAAAAAUCGGAACCUAGAGUUCCGCAAGCGGACAUUACAGAAAACAUAGCGGAGUCCGACGGGGAAGAGAAUCUUGUGAUUGACGAGGCGGAAGAACCGGAAAUGAUGGACGUUGAGCCGGAUAUAAACAUAAUCGAGGGCGGAGUUGGGGACUGGGAGUAUGAGGGUAGCGAAGAAGGGAUGUAUGAAGGCGGAGAGGGGGAGUAUGCUGGGGGGCAAUAUGGCGGAGUGUGGGCGGAUGGGGCGGAUGAAAGUAUGUUUACUGAUAAUCCCAUGCAAAUGUGUCAAGUCCAGUGCCAGAUCUGUGGAACGGAGUUGAAACCCAAGUCAAUGUCCAACCAUCUGAUUCAUCAGCACAAAUCCAAUCUCAGGGUUUAUAAACAGCAGUUUGGCCGGGAUCCAUUUUAUACCCACAUCAAGUGGCAUAGGUGUAAACUGUGUGGCAAGGCGAUGUUGUUUGAGAGUAAAGUUGUGUGUUACCAUCUCUCAUCAGCUCACAGCUAUUCAUUUACUCAAUACAGAGAUCAGUUUCUUUCAAACACAUUCAGUUCAAACAAUGGCCCCUCUCCAGUCUCUCAAAACAUCUUGCUUCCGCCCCCGCCUCCGCUCCGCCUGAGUGCUCCUCGCCCUCAUACCAUCCCCCGGCCCCCCGUUAUCCGUCACCCUAAGCUACGGCGGAGUCCACAAGGUCCAUAUCCGCCGAUUCAAACCCCCUGUAUCACCCUGGACAACCAGGACGGCGGCGGGGAGGCGGGUAGACUUGUAAUCGCCGAAGAACCAUCUGAAUUUGAAGAUGAUGGAAAUGGAGAACGACGAAUAACAACAAACUUCAACGAAGGGGUGACAGCUCGCUGCAACGAAUGCGGAAGAACAUUUCCUAUGGAUUUAUCAUGUUCUAAAUUGCAAAAUUAA